UUUGAGUCUUUUAACCAACACUUCUUGUUUUUGACAUUGAAAUCAAAGAUUGAUUUGCUUGGUUCUUGAAUAUGAGUUGAAUGUGAAAUUAGAUUAUCAUGAAAAUAUUACACUUGUUAUUGUUAUUAUAAUGAAUCUAGUCAAGUAUAACAUUGUAUCCGGAUUGAUAUUUUACAUUUUCAAUAAAAGGGUAUCCCAUAUGUAAACCAAUUGGGCAUCAUCCUUACAUCCAUCAUGUUCAAUACCCAGGAGAUGAUUAAUAAAAAGAUACCAAAGUAAAUGAUAUAUAAAUAGAUAUAAACACUUGUAACCAUGGAAAUGAUGAAGAUGAUAUUGGUGAUGUUGAUGAUGGAAGGGCCAAAAAACAUGAGAAAAGUGGACCAGAAAAAGUGUUGAAUAUGGCGAAAAAGGAUUUUUCGUUGUCUCUUUUUCCAACUCCUGGUAGCAACAAUGUUUUUACCAGGUUUGGUCUUUUCACGUCACACAAAUUAAAUAUAACAGUUAACUUGAUUUAACAGGGUUUAUUUAACUAAACAAGGACCAAAUUGGAUAUAAAUAUGAUUAAUAUAAAUAUGAUUAAUAAAAUUAUGAUUAACUUAAUAAGGGUUAAAGGUGGAUCAAAGUUAUAAUGAAUAAUGUUUAUCUUGUAGCCAUUGUUAUAACCUUUGUUAAGCCUCCAUUAGAGUUGUUAUUGGUUUUGUCCAAUGAAUCACUUUGCCUCCAUUUAUUUUAUUUUUCCCUCUACUUUUUUUUUCCUUUGCCUUUUUCUGGUUCUCUUUCCAAUCAAACCCAAAUCAUUUGGAGUCCAAACAAUAACCAUUAAUAAUAUUCAAGUGAAACUUGAUCACAACCAUUAUUAUAAUACUUACGAUAUAUAUAUAUUUAUAUAUAUAUAUGGCGACGCAUAAUCAACUCAUCAACAUUAUCAUCAUCGUGUCUAUCAAAAUAUAUAAAAUUGAAGAUGAAAGACCUAGAAGUAAACUAAAUGAUAAUCCGGGCUAGUUUUCAUCUCUCUGAUUUGUUUAACCUCCAAGUUUCCACAAACAACAUCAACAUGCCAACAACUCUAAUUACUCCGACCUUAGAAUAAUAGAUUAAUUACUUGUCCCAAUCCAAUCGAUAAAUUCCUGAUUAUUCCAUAUUCACUCUGUGCAAUUUUCAAAGUUUCAACUGUUGAAUCUGUGUUUUGUAAAUAGCCAUUUUAGUCCUAAGUUUGACACUACUCUGGUUAUUAGUAAAUUUUAUGCUACAAUCAUCACUAUCAACAUAAACGGUAGCAUCUAUUGUUAAUAAUUAAUAUUGAUUGUCAAUUUGGAUAUCAACAAGUCUGGAGUGCCAUCAAUCAUCAAUAUGCCUUAUCUACGAUUACUUGGCAUCAAUUUACUUAUUGUCAGUUUAUUUUUUGAUUACAAAGCUUUUGCAUCCAUUCGAAAGUACCUUUUACCUAGUAGUUAUGAUCUUAUUAUACCACCAAAACCACGAGGAGCACCAAUUGACGUCGAAGUGGAAAUAACUGAUCUUAGGUUGAUAACCGUCAAUGAAGGGGAAUUGUCCAUAACGAUUGACUUAUUUAUCAAGUUAAAAUGGACCGAGCCACGUUUAAAUAUAACCAAUGCAACAUUAACAGCAAUCACAGAUCAAUUAAUUUUGGACAAAACUUGGGAUAAAAAGCUUUGGUGUCCAUCAGUCUUUUUUAAAAACGGUAUUCGUGGUGAUAUGUACCUUGAAAAAUCUCCGAUGUCUUAUUUUGAAAUAUUUCCAAAUAAAAGUGUACAAAUGACCCAAAGAGUAUCAGUUGUUUUAUUUUGCCACAUGAGCUUCCGUAAAUAUCCCCACGACAAACACUCCUGUGCCAUCAACAUCGGAAUGAUGUCUCAUAGAAUUAAAACGGUUCGAUUAAAAUGGAGUAAAACUGAGCUAUCUCCAGAUCUUUAUAACACAGAUUAUAUGGUCAGCUUAAAUCAAAGUGAUUCUGUUGAUUGUACCGAUUAUGAUAAUCCAAGAGCUUUCGCUUGUCUCCAAACAGCUUUAGUAUUGGAUAGAGGAUUGGGAUAUUUUGUGUCUAGAAAAUACGUUCCCAGUUUUAUCAUCGUUUCUACCUCAUUUAUUGGAUUCUGGAUUCCAUCUCACAGCUAUCCAGCCAGAGUUACCCUGAUUGUUACUUCUCUACUUUCAUUAAUAACUCAACAAGUCCAAACUGUCCAUAUUUAUGCUUCUUAUAUAAUCUCAAUUCAUAUCUGGAAUAACAUUUGUACAACUUUCGUGUUCCUUGGUCUUAUUGAGUUUGUCAUUGCUACUUGCUGGGACAACAACAACAUUAAUCAAACGAAGAAAAACAAAUCCUGUGAAGACGAGAGAAGACAUGAUUUUCAUAGACCUUCCUGUUUUUUUGAGAAAUUAUUCCGGGGUAUGAAACAUUUUGGCUCAGGAACCAAUCAGGUCGACGCUUAUUCCAAAAUUAUUUUCCCGAUUGCUUUUGUUUUGGUGGCAAUCGCAUAUUAUACUUGGGUUGACAGCAUGGAAGACUUUGAUUCUCGAGUUCACAAGACUCCUCGAUGACAUUAAUUUAUCGAUUGGUUGUUAUUCAUCAUCUUGACCAUUUUCACUAUUCGGAGGCCAACCAAUCAUCUAUGGAUACUUAGAUUUGAUUAUUCUUCUUAAUUCAAUAACUAAUAUUGUUAUUUAUGCUUGUGAGUCAGGUGGAAGUUAGGAAAAUGAUAGAGGAAUUGUUGACCAAUUGUCAAAUCAAGAAGUAGUGUUUUGAACGUUCAAGAAAGAUAUUUAAAAGCAUAAAUAACUAUGUUAAAAAAAUGUCAACUUAAGAUCAUCUGUUUUAAGGUGAUUCUAAUAUUGUUUAUUGUAAUUAAUAUAUUAUAUAUACUUCAUGGAAUCUCCUUUCUUAUUGCUAGGAGCAUUUCAUUUAUCAAAUAUUUUAUGUUCAGUUUGUUCCAGUCAAUUAUUUAAUAUUCAAUAUUUUUAGUUUGAUUACCUUCCUGUUUCUCCAGGUUUUACAAUAUCAAUCAAUAUUGACGCCAUAUAUUUUUGUUUCAAGAUUUCAGGAAAAUUAAAUUGUUAUCAUUAAUAAUCAAAUUUUGAGCCUAAAUUAUUAAAAAUUACGGAAUAAUUUGAAAAGUCAGGAAGACGCUCUCAGCUUGUCCAAGAUAGACCUUUUUUGACCUUAUUUUAAAGUGUCUGUAGAUUGACAAUUGCUAGUCAUUUCGUUUAUUAAUUACAACUGAUUAGCGUCAAUUUGAUUUGAUUUUGUUAUCCUUGUGAGUCGCUCAAUGUUAACUAAUGAGAACCUUAAGUGCUUGUGAGUUACAAUUACAAGAUGAACGAGUAUUUAUUUUCAUGCUAUUUAAUUGUCGUUUGAAUUAUUUGUUAAUUUUGA